AUGGAUGACACCAGCGACAAACCCUCGCAGCCGAGACCGAAACGACGCGCACCGAGAGCCUGUCAGUUCUGUCGGCUCCGCAAGCUGAAAUGCGACAACGUGGUCCCGCAAUGUACCAACUGCGGGAGCUAUGGCAAGGAGUGCAUCUAUGUUGACCUACCCAAGAAGGCGAGGCCGUCAAGUGCAAAGAUCGCGAGGCUGGAGCAAGAAGUCCAGAGGCUCCGAGCGCAGUCACAACUCCGUGACGUACAGCCUCAAAAUGUAGCUGCAGAAUCGCACUCUACGCCAUCUAGCGUCAACCACAGCGUGCACAGCGUCCACAGUAUGCACGAUGCCAGUAAUGAUAUGUCGGUCAUUGAAUCGCGAGAAGUCUCGGUGGGCGCGGAUCAUCAGCGGGACUCGUUCUCUGCAACAGCACCACCAAACAGCCAGCGGCAACUUGUCCCACCCAGUGAUCUAGUGAGUUACUAUGGUAGGACGAGUGCUCUGUUUGAGGAUGGCGGGCCUCAUCAAGAUGCUAGAAGUACAAAUAACAGUAGUGCCGGCCAAGUCUCAGAGAGAACGCAGCUGAUGCUGAUGGGCGAGGCGACGCGACAACGGCAGAUGGAGAGCAUCAAUUACAGCGCUGGUCGUCUCGACUUUGACGGGGUGGAUCCUGAGCUUGGGAUGCACCUCCUCUCUCUCCAUUGGAAUCGGCAACAUCACUCCUCCCUGAUCACGUACCGGCCAGCCUUCAUGCGCGACAUGGCAUGCGAGGGGCCAUACUUCUCCAAACUUCUCCUCAAUGCCAUCUAUUUUGGUGCAUCAAAGUUUAGCACGCGUCUCGAGAUGCGUAGCAAUCGCAAGGCCGCUGGUCAACCCUUCCGCCAGCGGGUCAGAGAGCUCCUGGGUGGAGCCUUGGACCGGAGCAAGAUAACUACCAUACAAGCCCUUCUCAUAAUGACGAGUUCCUUGUUUGCUCUGGGGGAUGAGAGGAGUGCAGCAUGGCUCUACGCUGGAACGGCCUUCAGGAUGAUAAUUGAUCUUGGCUUACAUAUUGAUGAUCUCUCGUUGUCUGCUUCGCGGAGGCUCUCAGACGAGGACUUCGAGAUCAGACGUAGGGUGUUCUGGGGAGCCUUUGUGGUCGACAAGAUCCAGUCUCUUUAUCAAGGACGGCCCAUGAGUCUGCAGGAAGCUGACACCCGAGUCCCGAUGAUCUUCCAGGACAACUUUGAAGAACUUGAGAUAUGGCACCCGCAAGCGUUUCCAGGGACUCAGGAUUACCCUGGCUCACCGACGUACUCAGUGUCAACAUUCACCGAGCUUUGCAAGCUUAGCGUAAUCAUGAAUGAUAUCCUAAACAAAGUCUACGCGGAGAAGACGACAAGGCGAGCCCCAGAGAGGCUAGCCGAUGACCUCAAGUCACUACACUCGGACCUUGAGAAAUGGGAGUCCGCUCUUCCACCCCAUUUGAGAUUCGAAAGUAUUGGAGGGUCGGGUAUUGUCUCACCGCCGCAUGUUUUUUCAUUACAAGCGAUGCAUAAAGUUCUCUUGAUCCUACUCCAUCGCCCAUUCGUGUCAGAAGGUCAUCUUCACUCGACAUCUCCAUCUAUUCCAACUAACUCAUUUGCCAUAUGUGCAAUGGCUGCAACCAAGAUCGUGCAGCUGCUUCGCAUCUACCAUCGGACGUUUUCUAUUCAACAAGCUCCAUAUCUCAUGUCAUAUGCAACAUAUGUGAGCGCAACCAUUCACGUUCGUAUUGCUUCCCAGAGAGGGCCGGGAUCAGAAGCCCACACCAGCCUGGCGACUUGCUUGGCGGUCUUCGCACGGAAUGAGGAGACAAAUUGGGCAGUGCAAAGAGCACGAACCGUGAUUUUGAAUCUGAUGGAACGAAUGAAUGUGCUUUUACCUGAGGCAACCGACGUUGAUGGAUCCCGCAAGGGUUCAUUUGAAGCCGCUCUGACAUCUCCGGGAGAGCUUUUCCAACCCUUGAAUGAACAGCACGAUGUCAACGCCCAUGAGCAUCAACAUCAGGAAGACAUUGGGAUUGGGCCGUACAAUCAGGUUACUGGUGAGUUGGAUAUGGAGGCAAUCAUCCAGAGCUUCAUACAUGAACAGCAAAACAGCAUGUCCAAGAUUGGUGCAAACUUCCAUCACGCGGGACAUCAGCCUUUCACGUCAAGCCCCCACCCUCAAUCGUCGGCCAGCAAUGCAAUCAUGCAACCAUACUUUGACAUGCCUUACGGUGGUGUUCCAACCUGGAAUGACACGGAUCCAAAUUCUACUGUGCAGGACAUGUUGUUUGGUUUCAACGGCGAAGCACUUGAUGGAAUCUGGUAA